CACGGUAUUGGGAGGUGGGGGGGCAGACCCGUGGUGGAGCAGUGCGGUCUACUACAGUAUUCUUGUCGACUCGUUCAAAGAUUCAAAUGGAGAUGGUCUUGGUGACUUACAAGGUGUAACAAAGCAACUGAGUUACGUCCGCGCGUUGGGCGCUGACGCCGUAAUCUUGUCUCCAAUAUCCGCGAAAAGUAUGGACUGUAACAAACCUGGUACCAUGAACUUCACAGCUAUAGACGAGAGAUACGGAAAUUUGGAUAUAUUUAAGGGGCUUACGGAAAAGGCAAAGAAAUUGGAACUCAAAUUGGUGAUUACUUUGACAAUAGAGACAAUCAGUUCAAGUUCCGAGCUGUUUAAUUCUAGCGCUGAACGGAAAUCUGGAUUUGAAGAUAAAGUUAUUUGGAGAGAUGGAAAUACAGACGAAACGCCAGCAAAAGAAGUGGGUAUAAGCAAUUGGAUAUGGCAUAAAGAACGAAAAGCAUAUUACGGUUCUUCUCGUAAUGAGGCAAUUUUAAAUCUCUGUUCUGAAAGUUUAACAGCCAUGUUGUCGAACGCUCAAUGCGCUUGGCUAAAACGAGGGAUUGCUGGAAUCCUCAUCAACCCUGACUUUCCAUCGAAUCAUGAAUGCGGUGUGCAACUUGUCAAAAAAAUGACGAUUGCAGCCACGAGUUGUUCUCGCGCUAGUAACACGGAAGCACCAGUUAUUUUAGUCGAAUCUUCGCUAGGAGCUGAAACCGGCGCUAAAUAUUACGGGGAAGGAGGUUCAGGCGCCAAUAGUGUAAUAAGUUACGAUUUAGCUUCGCCAGCCAAGCGGCCGGCGGCAAGCUUGGCGCUCGCUCUGCACGCCACACUGUUGUUUCCACCGCAAGAUAUGACCCCCACUUGGCUCACUAGUAAACUAAAUGAAAGUAAAAUAGCAACGCGUUAUGGUAGCGAAAUGGUAAAUGCCAUAAUUUUAACAGCGUUAGCACUCCCAGGAGCUACGAUAAUUCAGCAAGGAGACGAACUGGGUGCAGUGGAUACCAUUCUUGAAUGGGCCGUUAUUUCAAAAUGCUGGCCAAUGCAAGCUGUUGCGUCAGCAGCCCCGUUUCCAUGGGAUGACACUCCUACUGCUAGCUUUACUUCUGGUGAUCCCUGGCUACCAUUGGCUCCAAAUUAUAGAUAUGCCAAUGCAAAGACUGAAUAUGCAAAUGAUUUAAGUCAUAUCGGUGUAAUGAAAGUUGCAUCAGCUAUUAGAAAAUCACCUGCUGUAGGACCAUAUCUGGAGUUACAUAGGCUUGGGGAUACGCUUGCUGUACUAAGAUGGGGUGGAUCAGGAUCUCUGCUUGUUGUUUCCAAUUUCGGACGAGAAAAAACCGAAGCCCUACUUUCAAGGAUCCCCGGCUUGUCUACUGAGAUGACUGUAGCUGUUAGUUCCGGGGGAUCCACCUUGACCAUCGGUUCCCACGUGAACAUGGAAAAAAAUUUAAAACUAGUUCCUGGGGAAUCUUUUUUAUUAGUUGGACCCCCGAGGCAUUGCAGUGGUCCUGGACCAGUCGACAAAAUCGCCAACAAAUUGUCUGAAGGCUGGCAGAAAAUCAACAAGUACUUUAGCAAUCUAUAAUUUUAACUACUGUAGAUUUGUUCGCAUUCGCCUUAUUAUAUAUAUUAUUUAUAUACUUUAUCGAUAUAUGGUUCACAGUUUAUACGACAUUUGACAUUCAGCGCAUCGUAUAAACUUUAAAAUAUGUAGAUUAGAGCUCUGGUAUCAUUAGAACCA